UUCUAUAAAUAGGUGAACACGGCGAGGCACAAUUAUUCAGUUGUCUUUCUAACUUCUUUAGGAAGAUAACAUUUUUCAGAGAGAGAGAGAGAGUGAGUGUUAAACCUGUUCCGGUUUGAAGUUUCAACCCUAAAACCCUCGUGAAGAAAGUCAUUAGGUGGAUAUGGCUAAAAUAGAAGCAUCUUCUUCUCGUACAUUGGACUAUGACUUGGAGGAAAAAAAAAUAUUGCAAGGGUUGAUAGAUGCAUUCAGUUCAUCAUUCACUCUCAGGGAGAUCUGCUCUGCAUUUUGCAAGGCUGGUCGUAAUCCAGAUAUGGCUGCUGAAAUUCUUUAUGAUUGCGAGGGGAACAACUCCGAUGCACCUGUCCCUAUUACAUUUGAAAGGGAAAAAAGAAGUACAUCAUCAUCAGAACCCUUGCCUGAGAGUAUUGCUAUCAAUUCUAAAGGAUCGAAAUCGAUCCCUAUCACAUCUGAAAGUGAAACAAGACGUACAUCACAAUCAGAACCCUCCUGUGAGAGUGUUGCUAACAGGUCAGGUUGUGCAGACAGGAAUUCAAAAGGAUCAAAGCCAAAAAAGCUGUCUGUUUCCAUUGGCACUGUUUCAAGUGUUUUGGGUAAGGGGUAUGCUGCAACCAACACAUCGGCAAAUGUUCCUGUGAGAGCAACUAAACCAUUGAAAGUGGACAUUAAGGAUUUUUUGGUUGAUGAACUCAUAGAUAGAGAUGUUUCAUCAGAUUCUGCAGCAAUGAAGGACCAGAUGCAUACGGGGAUUGAGGAGUUCGUUUUUAAAAUGCUAGGAAAUGAUGGGUUUCAGCUUGACAUGGAUGUCAUUCGAGAAGUUCUUGGUGCUUGUGGCUACGACGCAGAAAAGAGCAUGGAAAGAUUGACAGAUCUUUCAGCUUUGAAGAUGAAAAACGAUAAAGACAUCAUUGGCAGUUCCACCCCAAAGAUUGCAGAAUCUUCAAAGUUAAAGUCUUCCUCAUCAGAAAGCUCCGAACAGAUGGACUUACGCCAGAGCCGAGACAAAGAGAGAUAUGAUCUUCAAAAGGAAGUGUUAGCAUCGCUGUUUAAUGUCCCAGAGAUGAUUGAUGAAGACCCUAAAAGAGUUAGCAUUGGUCGACGGGUCGUGCAACCAAGGCCAGGGCGAAAAAUUGUAACUGAACCUUAUAAAGACACUGAGCAUUCGACUGAUUUUUUAAAACCACUUCAAGAGAGUGAUGAUGAAAAGGACGACAGGCAUAAAGUCCUUCGUAGAGUUGCAACGGAGCACUGGACCACCAUGAAGGAAUAUUUUAAAUCCGCGUUUGAUGCAUAUGCUAAAGGAAAUCUUGCCUUGGCUGAACAACUUCGGGAGGAGGGACAAAGUUACAAUAAGAAGGCCCGAGAUGCGGAUGAAAUGUCCAACCAACUGAAUCUCGUACAGAGAGAAGAGAAGGAAAGUUAUGUGACGCCUGUUGAUUUGCGCGACUUUGAUAAAGGGGAGGCAAUCAGUAAGAUGAAGUUUUAUCUUAAAACCCAUUCUGGUAUCCCGGGUCAUCACCUGAAGGUUGUGAUCGAUGAUGGUGAUACUAAGAAGGCUUCUCGGAGAAGAAGGGUGCUGAAGUUGUUGGAGAAGGAAUCUAUUAAAUGGACUGGGGAAGGAAAUGAGGGAACCAUAUGGAUUCAAAUGGAUGAAAUAAAUCCGACAGAAUUGAGCUUCUAUGGAGAGAAAAAUGCAAGUGAUGAUGAUGAAUGAGUAGUUCUAUCGGGGGAAGCUUAAGACAAAUUGGUAAGACAAUGGGAUUGCUUUUGGUGGGUGGAGAUAUUUACUAAACAUAUUAACGUACUUGAAAAGAAAAAAACAGCUAGUGUCUGAAUCUUUCAAUAUGAGUUCGAGCGAUAUUCUCCGUUUCUGUCGCCUCUUGUACUCUAACUGAGAACUUGUGAAA